AUGGUCACCGGUAUCGAGGCUGCAGGACUCGCUCUCGCGAUCCUGCCGCUCGUCGUGAACCAGAUCGACGCCUACGUCCGCGGCAUAGAGAAGAUCAAGGGUCUGAGACGCUACCGACGGGAGUUUAAAGGCUAUUCAGUAGGCCUUAGUACACAGCAUGCGAUUCUGCUGAAUACACUAGAACAGGCCUUGGAAGGUGUCGUGGAUGAUGAGGAUCAAGUUUCUGAGCUCAUCCGCGAUCCACAAGGUGAUGGAUGGAAGGACCCAGACUUGCAAAAGCGACUGCGCCGGAAGUUGGACCGAAAUUACGAGGUGUUUAUAGGCAAUAUGACUGGUCUCUCUGAGUUGCUGGAACAACUAUCGGAUAAGCUAGAAAUUGGCGUGACUGAUAUAAAGGAACCCGUCGCAGAUGCCUGGAACAUAUGGAAAUUUCGAAAGAUUAUUAGCAAGGCGGUUUACGACGAUCUCCUCGCAAAAAUUGACGGAACCAAUACAAUCCUCAAGACUCUGGUGGACCAGUCAGUUCACCGAGAAGAUACCAAGAAGAGGCGGCAGACCUGGCGCUACCUUCUCAAACGUUAUCAAAAGGCCCGCAAGCAUGCCGACGGUCUUUUUAAAGCAAUCAUUGGAGGAAGCUACUGGCGCUGUCAGUGCAAGGAGCAGCAUUGCGUCCAUCUCCAGCUGCAAACAAACCCCUUACAGAGUACUGAAGAAUACUCCGACCACAACUUCGACGCCAGAUCGCAAUUUCGAAUGAUCUUUUCCAACACGAAUGAUGCGGAUCCAACGUGUCUAUGGACUUGGACAGAAGUGGUGUUUGAGCCUUGCCGAGUUGAAGAGAUGGUGACAGUUGCCGGUCUAUCUCUGCAUGACGAUUCCAAGUCCCUUCACCACAAGAAGCCCAAAGUUCAGUUUGGUAUCCUUCCUGCGGAGGAAGUACGGCCAUCGAAAAAAGACCUGGAGGUUCUAUCUGCUCCACCGAUCCAAGACUUCUGUUCGUCUCUUUGCGUCGCUGAAUCACACUUUGGGCGGCGGGAAAGCAUUGGUUCCAUUUCGAAUGAGCUAGAUGCCUCUGUUAAAUACACGAUGCAUGCGGUGAGGAUACUUCCAAAACGUGUUCCACAAAAGUCUCUCCGCGAGGUGCUGUCACAUAUCAGUCGGCGGGACCGCCUUCAUAUUGCUGCUGGUUUAGCAUGUGGUGUAAUCCAAUUCUGCGGUAAUUGGUUGAAAUCCUGGUGGGACAGCUCUGAUGUCCACCUGGUUGCUGCCAGUGACGGUAGCAAUGUGCUAUCGGAUAAUCUAUACCUGUCAUGGCCUCUUUCCACCACGAGCACAAUACAAGGGCCUCCCAAUGACAUUAACUAUUCUGAUUUCGGGGGUAAUCGUCUAUUACCACUAGGUCUGGCACUGGUGGAGCUGUCCCUUGGAAAGUCUCUCCACACAUUGCUGGAUCUGGAGGAUGAGAAUCAGGAUACGUUGGUGACUAAAUUCAGGACCGCGUCGUGGCUUGUCAAGAUGGUAUACAUGGAGAGUGGGACGAAUUAUGCAGAUGCAGUUAAUAGCUGCUUGUCUUGGUCUGCUCUAUGUCUCGAGAAAAAGUUCGAGGAGCGUGUCUUCGACACCAUCGUUUCUCCGUUGCUGAAAGACUUGGUCAAUUUUGAGGGCCUAGCAUAA